ACUCAGAGCGCUUAUGUAUUCGAUAUUUACCAAAAUUUUCUGAUAGCGCAAAACAAACUUGAAGUUUUGCUUGCCUGUAAUUCAUGCACGACAUUUUUUAUUGUUAACAAUAACGAUUGGUCUUGUAUAUCCAUAGGUCCAUCGUUCCUUGCCUUACUUUUAGCUUUUUUGUCAGAGGGAAUAUAUUUUUGUUCGCCUAUUAGUGUUGAAAUUAUCGUCUAUUUCAAUUCUUCGAACCGUGUGUGUUUGUUUUGAAAGUUAGAAUAACGUCUACUAUUAAUUUAAAUAUUUAUUCGUUAGGAAACAUUCAUGCGCUCUAAUUGAAACUGGCCAUUGACCUCGACCCUUCAUAAUAUCAUACAUCAGAAGUGCAGUGUUCGUACGGGUGUUGCCAGAAUGAAGAGUGAGAAAUUGUUCACAUCGACCGGCGCCCAUUCUUAAAACUCAGCCAGUGCUCGUGUCUCUAGGAGGCCAUCGUUUCAAAGGAAAAAUCAUUGUGCAGCUUCAGAAACCCAGUUCAGUGCUAUUUAUUUGAGCUUUGCAUCUUCUGUUGACGUAGAGAAACAUAAACGUCCCUCAUGAUCUCUGUCCCGAAAAAAUGACUUGCAUGACAAGUGCUGCUUGAACCUGGUAUCCUAACUGCGGCUCGCAUGUUAGCAAGAAGUAUCAAACCUUGCCCACGUCUCUCACAAGAAGGAGUAAACGUCGUUUGCCGUCACUCCCAAUAAGUAGAGACUGAAAAACGUCUUUCCCAAGAAGUACGUCACUGACCUGAUCCUAGCUCUCGCUGAGCUCCCCUGCCCCGUGUUGGCCCGCAGCUCGAGCACUCGCAGCGAUGACUGUCGGGGGGCGCGUCGACUUCAGCUUGGUGCGAACAGCAAGCCGCGAAACGCUCUCCAAGCUGCUCGAUGGCAUCCCUGGCAACAAGGCGAUCGUGUGGGAGAAGGAACUGGCUGGGAGCUUCAGCCUGGUGGGGGAUUUUUCGUACCUUCGCUCCCACGGCGUGACACAAAUGUUCUACCUGAGUGGAGAGCACGCGAGGUCCCCGUCUGUUCCCAACAUCCACAUCGUGUUCAUCACCAAGCCCCACACCGAGAGCAUGGAUGCCAUCAACGUCUACCUCAGAGGGCUGCCUGAAGGGUCGCGUGAGCUGCACCUGUGGCUGGUGCCGCGGUCGUCGCUGCUGUGUGAGCGUCGGCUGCAGGAGCACGGCGUCUUGGGGCGCUUCACCGCCGUCACUGAGCUCCCCUUGCUCCUCUUUGUCCUGGAGUCUGACCUCGUCUCCAUGGAGAUGCCUGGCGCCUUCAGGGAGUGGACCGUCGAAGGCGACCCGAGUGCGGUGCACGCCGCGGCCCGGGCGCUGAUGCUGCUGCAGGCGGUCUAUGGCCUCAUCCCCAGCGUGCACGGCAAGGGCACCAACGUGGCCGCCCUCUACGACAUCAUGGUCGAGCUCAGGCGCGAGAUGGCCAAUAACGAACCACAGGUGCCCUCACUAAUAGACCAGCUGAUCAUCCUUGAUCGAGGAGUGGACCUCAUCACGCCCCUGGCGACGCAGCUCACCUACGAAGGUCUCAUCGACCUCUGCUUCGGCAUCAAGAACUCGGUUGUAAAGCUGCCGGAGAGCAGAUUGGCGGGAGGGGCUGAGAGUGAGGAUGGGGUGGGCAGUCUGAUGGACACCCAGGGCGCCGCCCUCAAACCCGUCUUGUUGUCGUCCAGUGAUCCCCUCUACGCUGGCCUCAGAGACGCCAACUUCUCUGCCAUCGGCCCCAAGCUUGCCGCCCAUGCCAAGCAGAUCACGAAGGAGUUCGAAGAGCGGCACUUGGCCAAGACUGUGGUGGAGAUGAAGCAUUUUGUCCAGAAGCUUCCUCGCAUCCAGGCCGCUAAACAGAGCCUUGCUUUGCACACGAGCAUAGCGGAAGCGUUGCAGGAGGAGGUGGGGACUUCAUCAUUCGGCGCAGCUUUGCAGCACGAGCAGCAGCUGCUCAGAGGUGGCAUUGACUGCGAUAAAGUUCCUCCCUUCAUCGAGGAGAGCAUCGGCGGAAAAGCUCCCUUGAACACAGUCUUGAGACUGAUCUGCUUGCAAAGUGUGAUCAACAACGGCCUGAAGCCAAAGCUGCUGGAGCACUACAAGCGCGAGCUGGUGCAGACGUACGGCUACCACGAGCUGCUCACGCUGGACAACCUCACGCGGGCGGGGCUUCUCACAGCGCAGACACAGAAGAGUAACUACGCAAGCAUGCGCAAAACGCUGCGUCUCAUAGUCGACGACGUCAACGAGCUAAACCCCAAAGAAAUUUCCUACGUCCAUUCCGGGUACGCGCCGCUGAGCGUCUCGCUGGCGCGCGCCGUACACAGCCACGGGUGGCGCUCCAUCACCGAGCUGCUCACGGUGCUGCCUGGCCCCACCCUCGCCGAGGCCCAACACGUCCCGCGACACAGACGAUCAGAGAGCGUGUCGAGUGAUCGAGCAUCGAGCCCCGUGGUGCUGAUAUUCUUCUUGGGAGGCUGCACCUACAGUGAAGUCGCCGCCCUCAGGUUCCUCACCAGCAAGCUGCACGAGAACGGCGACCCUGAGUACGUGAUCGCCACAACAAGCCUCAUCAACAGCAACAGCUUCCUGCAGAAUCUCAGCGCUCCACUGCAGCCAUAGUGCCGCCUCCUUCAGCGCUGCUAGUUUCUGCCAUGCCUCAGGCACGUCGCGGCCACAUUCAUCUCCGUUACAUUUGUGCAGUGAAAAUUUCUUUACUCUGUGCAUUCAUUUACACUUUGAAUGAAUGGUCGAAUCAAGCCACCCAGGUGUGACAGGACGCUACGCGAUUCUCUCGGCUAGUCCCGCUAUUGAAAUAUGCCAGUUGGGAAGUUUAUGCGGUGUCGAUAGCUUCCUCGUUUUUGUUGCCUACAGACACUGAACAUAUCUGUACACAUAUAUAUUUUAUACUUAUAAUGUACAGAUUUUUCGAGUUGGCGCAGCUUGUCUAAUAAAAGUUGGGGCAUUUGGUGUUCAUAGCCGUUCUGCAAAGUGAACUUCAGAAAAUAGAAAUAAUUUAGUUUUGUGGUUCAUGGUUUGUGAGACUAGGCUCAUUAUCUCUCAGAAUCCUACUCGGUCGAGUUUAAUCGUCAACCUGUGAUUAGAAAUACAGCAUCAAAACGACGUUGAGAAAUCACCUGUACAUUUGUUUUGAUGCCGAAAACGCUCGCAGUGCAUAUAAUCAAGUUUAUGCGUUUUGGUAAUCUGCGUGACCGUAGCUGUUGUGGGGUCGAUGUCCCGCUGGUGAUAACUUCCCAUUUAAAAUCUUUCCGUUUGCCGUAUCUACAUUAACAUAACGGCAAAUACUAUAAAAGAUGAUGGGAACUCAAUUUAGGUUCAACGUCUGUUCAUCGAAACCAACAAAACAAGUGACAGAGGCGUUCUUUAUGUUGGUAUCGAAAGCAUUCCAAUCUUACUCGCAAGAAACACGGUGAUAUUGCUGCUGGGAGAUUUUGCUAAUCAGCUACACGUGGAGUCCGUGGAGCAAGGUUGCGCUGGUGGCAUGCAGCGCCUACUGCAUCGUUCUUAAUUCAGCUCUUACUAUGGCAACACCGUCAUGAUCACUUGAUGUCUGCACAUUGAGGCCUGUCACAAUCGACCAUAUAUAUAUAUAUUCCAUUGAUUUUUUCUCUUAUUUUGCCGUGCAUUUGUGUUAUGUUAAGGCAAAGCUAUUGUAAUAUGCACGUGAAUAUAUACAGUUGUAUCUAUCUAGGGAAUAUUGCGAUUACAAUAAGUAAUGUGCGUUGAUCUGGAUCAUGAAAAGAGUUUUUGUACGUAAUAUUUAUAAUACAUCCUAAAUAAAAAAUUCCAUAUACAGGUU